ACAUUGCCCGAGCCUUUUAGCUUUUCUGGCUCACACACAACUUCCUUUCCUUUUUUAUAUGGAAAUCAGGGAAGAGGGUAGUGUAUAUUAGUAUAUUAGCAUUUCUAGCAGAUUUUUAACUGCCACUGAUGCCCGUUCAUCUUUGCAGUGUGGGUUUUCAUGCUGACAAAUCCUCUGCUUUGCCUUCUGCUCAGAGUCAGGUGGGCCCUUUAUUGAACAGAUUUAUCUGCUACAAGGCUACGCAGAAGGAUGGAAAGGAGGAACACAGGGGGGAAAAAAAAAUAGAUGAAAGGCCAUGCAUUGAUCACCUGAUGUACUCCAGAGACAAACAUGGCUAUUACAGGGGCUGGUUCUGGGGUAACAAGGAAACACAAGGCCUAAACACCUCUGGCUUGUCUGUCCAAGGAUCUGCCUCAAUUGUGGCUCCCAUCCUUCUGAAGAACUCUUCAGCACAGUGAGUUACCUUCUAUAACUAUUUAUUGUUGUAUUGUUGUUGUGAGACCUCAUUGCUGGGUGAGAAGACCAGGGGAAAUUAAAGGCUGUAUGCCACUGUUACUUCACUGAAUUCUUGUACUCUGUUAAAAUCAAAACAAAAGGGAUUUACACUGUAAGAAACACUUAAAUGUAAGUUAAGGUAAAGGUCACAGUGCUAAAACCUAAGAGCAGAUAGCCUUGAGCUCCUUUAUAUUCCUACUCCUGCCUCCAGGGUAUCAUCAGCUAUCCCCUAGAUCUUGCAGUGGAAGAGAUGCUGAACCAUCAGCUGUUCCAUAUUCUACACCACGUGUCUUUUUACCAUGCUCCUCUGAGAAGCAUCUCUCCCUUCUCUGUUUCUUUGCAGACAAGAAGGGAGAAAUUGGGAUUGCCUUUGUUCUUUUGCCUGUUAAUAAAAAGGCCGCUUGUGGCUGUGUGCAGUGGCAACUGCAUCACAGAAUCUUAGAGGUGAUUAUUCGCAGGUUAAGGAAAUAAUUCCCUUUUUUGUCACUGCUGCGCUGAAUUUCAUAGGCGUGUGUGUGGCUCGAUGCCUAAGAUAUUUAAAGCAGGUUUUAUUCUUACAGGGGUUUUGCACACUAAAGUGUGCGCCCAGGUUUUGUUUCCAGAAGUGAGGUGUAGCGCUGGGUGUUUCAUUUGGUGUGUUACUUGUUCUGUUGUGUCAAUAACUGCAGUGUCCUCCCUGUGCCUGUGUAUUGCAGGGUCAGUCGAGUGCUGGUUAUAAAGGUGGUGAUAAUUAGGAAUAAGCUGUUUAAGCUUGGAUAAAUGUUUAGAAAUCAUUGCUUAGAUAUUGCUGUGUAAAACGCUCGCUCGCGGUGGGAGAAUUCUCCAGGGUCAAGCUGUUCAGAGGCAGGGUUCCUGGACGAGGUGACCCAGGACAGCUUCGUGCUGGGCCCGGGCUACGACCGCCCCUAGCAGCUGGAGCCCGCGGUGAGGGAGCCCAAGAGCAUCCAGCUGUACCAGCACCUCAGCCUCAAGAGCUGCAUCUGGACCUUCGACGCUUAUUACGACAUGACCGAGUUAAUUGAUGUCUGUGGGGGCUCUGUCACCGCUGACUUCCAGGUAAGGGACUCUGCCCAGUCCUUCCUGACAGUCCACGUCCCUCUCUCCGUGUCCUACGUCUGUGUGACGGCACCGAGGGGCUGGGCUUCCCUGGAGCACCGCACCGAGAUGGAGUUCUCCUUCUUCUACGACACCGUUCUCUGGAGGACAGGGAUCCAGACGGACAGCGUGCUCUCGGCCCGCCUGCAGAUAAUCCCCAUCUACAUCCGCGAGGACGGACGGCUGGUCAGCGAGUUCAAGACGCAGGCCAAGUUCAGAGGUGAGGGCAGUGAUCCUGGCAGGGACACAGAGCAGGGUCACACAGAGCUCUGCUCUGACGGCACAGGCAGCGGAACGAGUCCCUGUCCCUGCCGGGAGCCCCUCUGGCCCUGCGAGGUGGGGCCUCUCCGCGCUCUGCCUCCCGUCACCUCCUUGUCCUCCCCCAGCGCUGUUUGUCACGGAGCACCACAGCCUGCCAGAUGUCAGGUCCUCUUGGAGAACUCCAGAGCACCUGGGAGGCAUCGAAUUUGACCUGCAGCUGCUGUGGAGUGCUCAGACUUUUGAUUCUCCCUACCAGCUCUGGAGAGCAACCAGCUCCUACAACAGGAAGGAUUACUCUGGAGAAUACACCAUGUUCCUGAUCCCCUGCACGGUGCAGCCCACGCAGCCGUGGGCAGAGCCUGGAGCCAAGCCCCUGCCCUGCACGGCUCACGCUCCCGAGCGGUAAGAGGGCAGGAGGGCAGGCUCGGCCCCUUUGGGGUGCACACCUGUCCAGACCUCAUCUCCCCUUUGUUUCCUUCCUUGUCCCAAUUGCAGGUUUUUGAUCCUGAUCACCUUCCAGCAGACAAGCCGCCCAGUUCCAGUUGUUUACUCCCAGAACGCAAGAGUUUCAGAUCUGUAACGACGAGAAGGUUUUUCUAAUGGACCCCACCAAAUCGGAAAGGUCUCUGGCAGAAAUGGAUUACAAGGGGGCUUUUUCCAAGGGUAGGAUUUACCUCUCC